AACUCCAUAAACACACACAAUAAUUCUCCCAAAUCCCAAUCCCACCCAACGUUGAAGCUCGUGGGGUUGAUUGAUAGCAUUUUGAUACUCCAGUCUAGUCUCCAUACUUGUCAAAACUUCCAUUUCUUUACUCCAUUUUUUCAAGUCAUACCGACAAAAAAGAGGGUCUUCGUCUUCCUUCAAAACUUACCACGCGAUUUCCUAAACUUUUGUUGUUUUGUGUGCCGCCGUGUUUCCCCGUAUUUGAACGUCUUAUUACUAGACUUUUUGUAACAUAUUCCAACAUUUGCUGCUUGACAAAUUAACUACUCUAUAUAUAAGCAAUUAAUUGCUAGCACUUCUAAGCUAAGCCAAAUCUUCAGUUAAAACAAGAACAACAGAUAAACAGAGAUUUUUGUGAUUCAAACACUUCUUUUCAUCAGCAAAUUUGUUCUCAGGUGGAAUAUAAUCUAUGGGAUUAUCUGUUUCCAUAUUGGUUUCAGCAUGGCAUGAAAUUUUGAGUCAAAAAUUGUUCACAUUAGUCUGCAAUGGCAGCCUAACUUCAAGAGCACGCCGCUUUCCAAGCUUUAAGAGAACAGAUUCCUUUAAAAAGACUCAAUCACCAAGAACUCCAGAAACAGAUAGGAAGAGCUCAAAUAUGGGUGCAAAGAAUCCUACAAAUUUACAAGAUUAUAAGCCUCAAAACAUAUUGCUUGAAAAAUCACCUUCUUUUAACACACUAGUUCAAGAGUAUGAUACUACUAAUAUGUGUAAAUCGAGUUCUAAUGGUUUGAUUCAUAAGCCAUUGCCUGCAAUCACGCUUCCUGAGCCCGCGAUACUGUUCUCUCCACGCCCAGUUUCUGAGCUUGAUGCUGCAGCUGUUACGGUUCAGAAAGUGUACAAGAGUUACCGGACUCGAAGAAACCUUGCUGAUUGUGCUGUUGUUGUUGAAGAGCUAUGGUGGAAGGCAUUAGAUUUUGCUUCACUUAAGAGGAGUUCUGUGUCUUUCUUCAAUAAUGAUAAACAAGAAACUGCUGUUGCAAAAUGGGCAAGAGCGAAAACUAGAGUUGCCAAGGUGGGAAAAGGUUUAUCCCAAAAUGAGAAAGCUCAGAAGUUAGCUCUACGACAUUGGCUUGAAGCUAUUGACCCACGCCACAGAUACGGGCACAACUUGCAUAUUUAUUAUGAUAUAUGGUUUCAAAGCGAAAGCAGUCAACCAUUUUUUUACUGGUUGGAUAUUGGAGAUGGGAAAGAGAUAAAUCUUGAGAAAUGUCCGAGGACCAAACUUCAGCAGCAAUGCAUCAAAUACCUUGGACCGAAAGAAAGAGAAGCAUAUGAAGUCAUUGUGGAAGACGGGAAGCUUGUCUACAAACAUAGUGGAAACUUAGUUGAUACUGUGGGGGAGUGCAAAUGGAUAUUUGUCCUAAGCACAUCAAGAUUGUUGUAUGUUGGACAGAAAAAGAAAGGCCAAUUUCAACACUCUAGUUUUCUGGCUGGUGCAGCUACAACUGCUGCUGGACGAUUAAUUGCUGAUAAAGGAGCUCUUAAGGCUAUAUGGCCAUACAGCGGCCACUAUCUUCCGACUGAAGAGAACUUCAAGGAGUUCUUGAGCUUCCUUGAGGAUAACCAUGUUGAUCUCUCCAAUGUCAAGAAGUGUGCAUAUAAUGAGGAAGGUUCGUUCAAAGUUCCUGAAGACGAAAGUUCCCCAGAGAAGACUGCAGAUGUUACAGAAGCAGAGACUGAAGAAGCUAAACCAGCUGAAGUCAAGACCAGUAGCAAAGAUAAGCUUGAAUCAGAACCAUUCACAUUUGCCAGACGCCUAUCCUGCAAAUGGGUCACUGGUAAUGGGCCUAGAAUUGGUUGCGUUAGAGACUAUCCAUUGGACCUACAAUCUCGAGCCCUUGAACAAGUUAACCUCUCGCCACGCGUUACACAUGGAUCAUUCACUGGCCCAAUUCCAUCUCCAAGGCCAAGCCCAAAGGUCCGCGUCUCUCCAAGGCUUGCGUAUAUGGGUCUGCCAAGUCCAAGAACACAGAUGGCCGCGGCUUAAGUUUUAGACAUGGUCAAGCCUUGUGCAUAGAAAUAAUGGAGUGACAUGAGUUUUUGAUCAACCGAAGAUAUCUACUAAAUUGGCACUUCUGGUGCCUACUAAAUGUUUAGACGAUCUAACUUAUUUGUUCAUUUGUUCAUUUGGUUUCCCUUUUGCCACGGAAAUCUUUUCUUUGAAUUCUUUGUUUUAGUCAAAAAGGAUGGUUCUUAUGCAUGUUUUGAAGAGAGUCAAAAUGUGAUCUUUCUCUUCAUUGUAUAUAUGUGAAAGUAAAGGAUAAAUGAAAUGACAUGUUUCCAUCUUUAAGAUA